AUGGAGCCAGUCGGACUCGCAGUUGGCCUUGUCGGCCUUUUCAGCACUUGCAUGGAUGUUAUGCAGCGGGUUGACUCGUACAGAACCGCUGACCGCGACUCGCGACAACUCGACGCCCAGCUGAAUGCGACCAUGCAUCUCUUCGAGCGAUGGGGUGACGGUGUCGGCAUCAGUAAGGGCAAGCUCUCGGACACACACCACCCGGAUCUUGAUAACCCACGCACGUAUGCUGUGGUCCAGGGUCUGCUGAACAGCAUCAAGGACUUCUCCACGACUUCGAAUGAACCCACGAGCCCCAAGGGUCUUCAGAAGGCCCCGUCGUUUCCAGUAUCGGGGGACCUAUCUUCGCAUGGACCUAAGAUCUCGAGAUGGCAGAAGUCAGCAUGGGCGCUUCGCGGAAAGCUGAAGCAUACGGGCCGUGUCCAAGCACUUGCGGGCCUUGUGUCGGAUCUCUAUAACGUUGUUUCACCCGAUACUGCGGGCUCAAGCGCCUUAACACGAACUUCGAGCUUCAAGGAUCUAUCUAUAAGCGCAAGCGAGCCACCAUAUGCUGUUGAGAUUCGGGAGCUACUGCAGAAGAUUGAGGAGGAGAUGGAAGGCAAGCAAUUCGUUUCUGAUAAAAUACGUGAUUUGCACUUAUGGCUUGGAGCCCCGCCGCCAAAUGAUGUGUUCAGUGACUCAAACGACAAGCGUGUUGAAGAAACAUGCGAAUGGAUUCUCCGUCGUGAUGAGUUUCUGGAGUGGCAGAAACCUUCUUCCUCAAGCAAACUACUCUGGAUCAAAGGCCCAGCUGGGUUUGGUAAAACGGUCCUUUGCUCCAGAAUCGCUCAAGAGCUCGAAAGAGCCGCACAGGAACCCGUCGCGUACUUUUUCCUAUCAUCUAGAUACGAUGGCCGCGACGAUCCUUUCUUGGCCAUCCGAGCAUGGCUGGCUAUGAUGAUACAACACAGCCCGGCGUCUCGAGAUAUUGUGGCCAAGACCCGACUAUCAGAGCACGAGCCACUGGCGAGUCAAUCAAUCAUACUCCGAGCUUUCCGCGAGGUAAUCGAGGGCGUUCCAAGCUGCAUUCUUGUUCUGGACGGGUUAGAUGAAUGCACUGGGAUGAGCACUACAGACACAAGGUCCGUCCCUCAUUUCCUUCAAGAGUUAAGAAUAGCUAUCACCAAUUCUACAGCCAAACUUCUCCUCUCAAGCCGUUUCGAUGCUAUUAUUCAGCAAAGUCUUUCAGGUUUCACUGGAUACAGUGAAUAUACCAUCAUCCCUGACGACGUUAGGCCAGACCUAAUGGCGUACUCAUCUGAACUUGUAAAAGCAAAGCUACCUAACAAGGACGAGCUUACAAGAGCCUCGAUUGCACAAAAGAUGACAGACAGAAGCGAGGGUCAGUUCCAGUGGGUAAAGCUCCAAGAAGGAUCUCUAAGAAAGGGACGGAGCAGAAAGCAACUUGAACGAGAGAUUGAUGAGACUCCGUCUGGUCUUGACAGUCUCUACGACCGAGAAUGGAACAGGAUCAACUCAAUGGGGGAUUCGGAUAAAAAUAGAGCUCUUUCAUUGCUGCAAUGGACGGCGUUCACAUACAGGCCUUUGACAAUAUACGAGAUUACGGAAACCGUCCUUAUUACAGAAGACUUGGAAGAGUUCCCAUUCGAGGAGAUGCCAGAUUGCGUCGAUCAGGACUAUGUCGACAGUAUGAUCCUAGAGCUUUGCGGAUCACUGAUUGAAGUCCGUCAUGUCUCAUCGCCCGAGAAUAUCGAGCAUCCCGAACGCAUUCAUGAAUCAGGAGAGGAUUCUGUCGGCUUGCAAGAGGUUCACUUGUCGCACUUCUCUGUCAAGGAAUACCUUCUUCUCAGGACCUUUCCCGGCACCGCCACUUUGCUUUCCAAUGAGAAGCUUCGAGCUACUAAUGGAAAUGCACACAAUUUAGCUCUCGCAAAACAUUGUAUUCGUUUUCUAAACUCUCGUGGAGUUUUUGAAAGCGUUAAGAUGAACAACUAUGAAAGAUGGAAACCGCAAUUCGUGUUAUAUGCUGUGAAUUGGGGCUUUGUGCAUUGCCGAGAAGUCAAGACCAUGGAUCUCCAGUUACAACAGGCAAUCAUUACUCUACUCGAUAGUCGAAACCAGAACUGGCCCUUUGUGAGAGACCUCGUGGCGAUAUGGGCCAUGGGCGACGUUUCUCAAGAAAGGUCAAUGAGCCCAUCUGUAUUUUCAGCCUAUCAUGGAUUAACAGACACUGUGGCGCAUCUCAUAGGAGAAGGGAGCUUUGACAUGUAUGAUCGAGCAUCAGCCGAUUCGACCCCCUUAUAUUGGGCCUGUGGUUCUGGAAAGAAGGACACAGUUGAAUUGCUCGUUGACAAUGGAGCAGAAAUCAAUGCAAGAUGUCACCUAGGGCUCUCACCACUGCACAUCAGUGUGGAAGCCGGUCAAAAUGAAAUUACGGAAUUUCUUAUAUCGAAAGGCGCAGAUGUCUCAGUGGUCGAUGAUUACGGACGAACAGCGCUCACAAUGAGUGGCAAUACAGAGGUGGCUCGGCAGCUUAUCGACAGUGGAGCUGAUAUAUCUCACGUUACAACAGAUGGCUUCACACCGCUCUCGAUGGCAUCUAGAAGAGGACAUGUUGAGCUGGUCAAGCUUCUUAUUCAAAGGGGUGCCGAUAUCAAUCAGGCUGCAGCCAACGGUUACUCCCCACUUUUUAUCGCCGUGUGGUACGACGACUCAGAACUCAUCGAGUUACUGAUUGAUGAAGGGGCGAAAGUCGAUGAGAUUCAAUAUGAGGGCCAGAUGUUCUCAUUACUUGCUGUGGCGGCUGGUAAGGGAUUUCUCAACUCCGUGAAAGCUCUGAUCAACAAGGGUGCUGAGCCGACAGAAUUCAAACCAUUGUUUUUAGCAGCCUCUUAUGGUGCUUAUCUUGGAUUCUCAAGCUAUUUCGAUGCAAAAAAAGCUCCUGUAUGGCUUGAACCCCGCCGAUCACAUUAUCGCCAGGUACUAGAAGUGCUACUCCAGAGCGGCGCCUGUGUGAACACAAGCGAUUUGCUCGGCUAUACGCCGCUCCAUUGGGCUUCAUUCUGCGGCAUUAUCGACAUAGUGGAGAUUCUAAUACAGAACAGUGCUGGCUUGAGUAUUCAAUCAGUUGCUGGAAUGACACCACUUCAUUGUGCCUCACGAAACGGGCAUUUACGAGUAACACAGCUUCUAGUCCAACACGGAGCUGAUGUCGCCUCUAAAGACAAUCGUGGUCGUACUCCUUUACAUUAUGCCUGUAUUUCAGGAAAUCUUGAGGUUGUAAACCUUAUUAUAGGUUCAUCCCACACGCAAACGCUUGACGAGGCUGACCACUGGGGCUCGACAUCUUUAUCCCUUGCGGCAAGGUUUGGUUGGGUUGACAUCAUCAAGACACUACUUGAUGCAGGAACCGUAGAGGUCGAGUCCAGUGACAAGUUCAGCAGGACGACAACAUGGUGGGCGACAAGCCGCAAUCACGAUGCAGCUGCGAGGCUACUAGCUGGCGCAGAUGGAACUGACAUUGAGGAGGGGCAGGCUGUCCAAGAACAGAAGCCAGAGAUUGAAACCUUUUGCGACAUAUGCUGUUUAGAUGUCUCUGAUCAAAUCUUUGCACAUUGUGGAAUUUGUAUUGGUGGGGACUUUGAUUUGUGUUCAGCUUGUUUGAGCCUUGGUGGGCAUUGCUUUGAUGAGACACACGAGUUGGUUCCAUUUCAUGCAAAAGAGGAAGACAAGUAA